AUGUCACUUCAUCCAUUUACUCAAGCCAAGGACUAUGAAAUUAGAUUAGCUGCAAAGUUAGUCAAAGAUGCUUAUCCAGCGUCCGCUAAUGUCCACUUUGUUCAAAUUGACAGAUGCGAUCCACCAAAGAAGUCGAUGAUUGAUUACAUCACUGCUGAAAGAGAAGGAUUACCACUUCCAAGAAUUCCAAGAAUUUUCUACUGUUACUAUUACACCAACACAUUUGACUUCCACAAAGCCUUGGUUAAUGUUACUGCCGGUCAUGUCAUUACCAAAGUGCAACAACCAAAAGGUGUCGUUGGUCCAAACUUGCCAGAUGAUAUGAUGGAAAUGGAAGAAUAUUGCAACAAUCACCCAGCUGUGUUGGCUGAGAUUGCUAAGUUAAAGUUGCCAAAAGGUUACACCAUUAGAAAUGAUCCAUGGAUUUAUGCUACGGAUGAUCCAAAUGAGAAAAGACAAUUGAUUCAAUGCUUCAUGUAUGUUUUGGCAGGAAACGGUCACAGUGAAUCCAAUCACUAUUCCUUGCCAUUAAAGUUUUCUCCUGUUUUCGAAUGCUUUACCAAAAAGUUUAUCAGAAUGGAUUUCUUACCUGGCGGUUUUGAUGAAACAACAGUCCCAACUCAACCAUGGCAAGAGGUUCCAUGUAGGGAAUACCACCCAGACUUGAACGGAGAAACUGUUCCAAGAGAUGUCAAGCCAUUAUUGAUUUCUCAACCAGAAGGACCUUCCUUCACUGUCAAGGAUGGCAAGGUCAAAUGGCAAGGUUGGGAAUUCAGAGUGGCUCCAACCUGUAGAGAAGGUUUUGCUGUUUACGACUGUUGGUUCAAAGGAAGACAAGUAUUUUACAGAAUUUCUUUGUCAGAAAUGACUGUUCCAUAUGGUGAUCCAAGAAAGCCAUACCAUAGAAAACAAGCUUUUGAUUUAGGAGAUUGUGGUUUUGGUGCUUAUGGUAACAGAUUGAACUUGGGAUGUGAUUGUUUGGGAGUUAUCAAGUACAUGGAUGGUCACAGUAUCAAUGCAAGCGGUGAGCCAAUUACUAUUCCAAAUACUGUUUGUAUGCAUGAACAAGAUGAUGGUUUGUUGUACAAACAUGUCAACUAUAGAACUUUGAAUGCUGUUGUUGCAAGAAAGAGAAUAUUUAUUGUUCAAACUAUUGCUACUGUUGCUAACUAUGAGUACAUCAUCAACUUGAAGUUUGUAUCAGAUGGUUCCAUUGAUAUUGAAACUAGAGCCACUGGUAUCUUGUCAACCAUGCCAAUUGAUGAAAACGUGAAGGUUCCUUGGGGUACUAUUGUUGCUCCAAACUGUAUGGCAGCUUACCAUCAACACAUCUUAUCAUUCAGAAUUGACCCUGCUGUUGAUGGAUACAAAAACACUGUUGUUUAUGAUGACACCAAGAAAUUGCUAAAGGACAAGGAUUUGAAUCCAUUUGGUAUUGGUUUUGUUAGUGACCGUCACUAUGUUGAAAAAGCUGGUUAUGUUGAACAAUCUCCAUUUACAAACAGAACUUGCAAGAUCAUCAAUGAGAACGUAAUCAAUCCAAUUUCCAAAACCCCUGUUGGGUACAAAAUCAAUAUGCCAGCUAGACAAAUGUUGUUGGCGGAUAAAGAUUCAUUCAACACAAGAAGAGCUACAUAUGCAACUCAACAAGUUUGGGUCACCAAGUAUCGCGACCAUGAAUUGUAUGCUGCUGGUGAAUUCACUAAUCAAUCCCAAAAGGAUACUGGUGUUGGAGUAUGGGCCAAUGGGGUUGAUAAUGUUAGAAACGAAGAUUGUGUUGUUUGGGCCACUAUGGGAUUCACUCAUAUUCCAAGAGUUGAAGAUUUCCCAGUUAUGCCAGUUGAAACCCACAAUAUUCAAUUAGCACCAUUCAACUUCUUUGAUAGAAACCCAGCAUUGGAUAUUCCUCAAGCCAACAACUCUUUUAACAAGAGUAUCUUGGUGGAGGGUGAAGCUGAAGCUGCUUGCUGUAAGACUAAGAUAUAG